AUGUCCCUUGGGCUGUACAUCUCCACAAAGCAGAAGGGACCAUUCAAGGACCUCAUGCUCACGCUCCACUCAAACCCCGAGUUUGUUAGCACUAAGGACAAGGGAACUCUCAAGGAGAAAGUAGACGCCGUGAUGAGAAUGCCAUGGGGUUGUUUGUCAUUGGCAGCGAUCCUCUGGACAUAA